AUGAACGAUCCGUUCUUCGCUAGGACAAAGUCCAAAAAGUCAAAAAAAGCCACCAAUAAUAAAGAAAAGAAUAAAAUUGUCACAGGCAAAAAACGUAAAUUUGAGGCGAACGAUGACGAAGAGUCAAUACCUUCUAGUGAAGAUGAAGUAGGACCAGGUUUAAUUGAUGAUAUGGAUAUGGAACAUAAUUUUAGUGAGGAAGACGAUGAAGAGGCCCACGAAACGCCGGCGGAGAAAAGACGUCGAUUGGCUAAACAGUACAUCGAUAGUGUACGGGAAGAUCUUGAUGAAGCGGGAUUUGAUGCGGCUGAGAUCGAUCGUGAUUUAAUUGGUCAACGUUUGCGAAAAGAAGCGCUCGAAGCUUCGGGACGUCUUCAUCGAGAAUUAGCCAAUGCGUUUAAAUUCCCUAUUGAUCCCUCAAAAAUAAAAUCCCGAAGACAUGAACUCUCGGUGACUUGUGUUGCCACUACUGAUUCAGCUCAGUUCUUUUAUACAGGAUCCAAAGAUGGAACAGUAAAGAAAUGGGACAUUAAAACAGGAAAAAAAUUACAUGUUUUCCCUGGUGGUCGAAAAGAGCUCAAAGAGUAUGAUGGUCAUAAUAACGUGGUGUUGGCCUUGGCUGUUAGUUCAGAUGGAAAAUAUUUAGCUAGUGGUGGUGCUGAUAAGAAGAUUAAUAUCUGGUCAGUUCAAGAUAACACAUUAAUGACAUGUUUCAAACAACAUAAAGAAGGCAUAACAGGUCUCGCUUUCCGUAAAGGCUCAAAUCAAUUAUACUCAGCGUCUAACGAUCGCACAAUAAAAUUAUGGAAUGUUGACGAAAAAGGAUACAUAGAAACACUAUUUGGCCAUCAAGAUCAAAUUACAGCAAUUGACACAUUAGCACGUGAGCGGUGUGUUACAGUAGGAGGCAGAGACCGAACAUGUAGAUUAUGGAAGAUUGUCGAGGAAUCACAAUUAGUAUUCCGAAGUGGCUCAAAAACCGAAAAAGAUGAUAAAGCGCAUCAAGAAGGAUGCUUGGAUGCGAUCGCGUUAAUUGACGAGGAACAUUUUUUGAGUGGAAGUGAUAGUGGUGCAAUUUCAUUAUGGAGCGUACAAAAAAAGAAACCUAUAUUCGUAUAUGAUAUUGCACACGGAACACAAAUCACCAAUUCCGAGAGUCAAAGUCAUUUAUCACCGUCUCAUUGGAUAAUAUCCUUAGCGACACUACGAUAUUCCGAUGUGUUCGCAUCAGGAUCAUGGGACGGAAACAUUCGAUUAUGGAAACUCACAAACAAUAUUCAUUCAUUUGAACCAUUGACUAAGAUCCCAAUUAUUGGAUUUGUGAAUUCACUUCAAUUUACCACAGUUGAGCAAGAUUCAAAGCCAAAUGAGACGACAAGGGCGACGACUACAUUACUUAUAGCGGGUGUUGGUCAGGAGCAUAAAUUUGGGAGGUGGGAACGAAUAAAAAAAGCCAGAAAUGGGUGGAGAAUGAUAGAGUUGCCUCUUAUUAACGUGACGUCGUGA